AUGAAGAAGAGAAAGUUCUCGUCGCUGGAGCUGGGCUUGAUAGUCCUGCUCAUAAUCAUGUUUGCAGUGGCCAUAACUUUCAUCGUCUUAUUUGCCGUUGAUGGAGCUUGGUCCAGUGGAGAUACGGGUCCGAAUGAAGAUACAGGAGAUGAUGAUGUGGGUAAAAUCACAUGUCCGAACAUCGAAGUAGGCCAGAGAGUAGACUGCUUCCCUGAAGGUGGAGCUUCGAAGCAAAAAUGUGAAGCCCGUCAGUGUUGUUGGCAACCGUUGAAUGAGAAGAACGCUCCCUGGUGUUUCUUCUCAAGUGAACACGGUUACUCUGUGGUAACAUUGACGAAACCAACUGAUUAUGAGAUGACAGCUAGGCUGAAGAGAAAGCCCUCUGCUUCCUUAUUUGGUGGAGAUAUACAGGAGCUGGCAUUUCACGCUGAAAUGCAAACAGGCAAUCGACUCCGGUUUAAGAUCUACGAUGCCCACAAGCAGAGGUUCGAGGUCCCUCAUGAGCACAUCAGAAGCGUAGCGAGCAACCCAUCGAGGCCGAUCAGUGACACACUGGAGAUCACACGGGAACCCUUUGCCCUCACUGUGCGCAGGCCAGACAACAAAAAAAUCCUGUUUGACACCAGACUGACUCCGCUGGUGUUUGCAGACCAGUACCUACAGCUGUCUUCCAUGCUGCCCUCUGAUUACAUCUACGGUCUUGGAGAACACGUUCAUCAGAACUACCGCCAUAGCACAAACUGGAGAACCUGGCCCAUUUUCACAAGGGAUUCUUUUCCUAACGGGGGAAUGCACAACAUGUACGGACAUUAUCCUUUCUUCCUGUGUAUGGAUGAAACAGACAUGUCAAGUGGAAGAGCAUUCGGUGUCCUGCUACUGAACAGCAACGCUAUGGAGGUGACUCUGCAGCCAGCCCCAGCAGUGACCUACAGGACUAUUGGAGGAAUCCUUGACUUUUACAUUUUGUUUGGCGAAACACCUGAACAAGUGGUGCAGGAAUUCCUCGAGCUCACUGGAAAGCCCGUCAUCCCUCCCUACUGGUCCCUGGGCUUCCAGCUUUCUCGUUGGAACUACGGCAGCCUGAGUGAGGUCAAAAAAGUGGUGGAGAGGAACCGUGCUAUUGGAAUCCCAUAUGAAAUUCAAUAUACUGACAUCGACUACAUGGAGGACAAAAAAGACUUCACCUAUGACAAAACGAAGUUCAGUGAGCUACCUCAGUUCGCAGACUAUCUUCAUGAGAAAGGACAGAAAUAUAUCCUCAUCCUGGAUCCUGCCAUAGCCACAAGUAAGAGGCAAGGAAAUGCUCCUUAUGAGGCUUACGACCGUGGGACUGAGAGAAAUGCUUGGGUCACCACAUCUGAUGGAAAAACUCCACUUUUAGGAGAGGUGUGGCCUGGGGAGACUGUAUUUCCAGAUUACACCAGCCAAGACUGCAUCGACUGGUGGAGUGAUGAGUAUGAGCGAUUAUACAGGGAGAUCAAACAUGACGCUCUAUGGAUUGACAUGAAUGAAGUGUCAAAUUUCAAGAAAGGAUCCAUUGAGGGCUGCAAGGACAACAACCUCAACUAUCCUCCCUACACUCCAAAGAUUCUGGAUGAGGUGAUGUACAGUAAGACUCUGUGUAUGGAUGCCAAGCAGGCCUGGGGGAACCACUAUGAUGUCCACAGCCUGUAUGCCUACUCCAUGGUGCUGGCUACUGAAAAAGCUCUGCAGCGCGUCUUCGGACAAAACCGUACCCUGAUGUUGACCCGGUCCUCCUUCCCAGGUGUGGGAAAAUAUGCAGGUCACUGGCUGGGAGACAACGCUGCCAACUGGAACGACAUUAAAUGGGCCAUUCCUGGCAUGCUUGAGUUUAGCCUCUUUGGAAUUCCUUAUAUUGGAGCUGACAUCUGUGGAUUCUUUGAUGACUCCAGUGAGGAGUUGUGCCGUCGCUGGAUGCAGGUGGGGGCUUUCUACCCCUUCAGUCGGAACCACAACGCUGAGAAAUACAGGGACCAGGAUCCAGCUUUUUAUGGUGCUGACUCAACACUCGUCAGGUCAUCUAAGCAUUAUCUGAACAUACGCUACACGCUCCUUCCCUACCUCUACACGCUCUUCUACAAGGCCCACACCACGGGGGAAACCGUUGUACGUCCCAUCAUGCACGAGUUCUACCAUGACAGUACUGCCAUGGUGGCGGACAGGCAGUUCCUCUGGGGAAAAUACCUGCUCAUUACACCUGUACUCGAUCAGGGUGCGCAUCACGUGGAUGCAUAUAUACCAGAUGCUCGGUGGUAUGACUAUGAGACGAUGGAACUAUCGCCACACCGUAAAACGAAGGUGAGGUUGGACAUGCCAGCCGACAAGCUGGGCUUACACAUCCGAGGUGGCGCCAUCCUCCCCACCCAGAGACCUAAUGUCACUACCACAUACAGUCGACGUAACCCAAUGGGUUUGAUUGUUGCCCUUGAUGACAAUGACCAAGCGCUUGGGGAGCUUUUCUGGGACGACGGAGAUUCCCGACAAACUGUUGAGACAGGAAAUUACCUCCACUACAAGUUCUCCGUCCUCUUUGGAAUCCUGAACAUACAGGUGACCCAUAACGGAUAUAAAGACCCAAACAACCUAAAGUUUGAAGACAUCACCAUCCUCGGGGUGACUGAUUCUCCCACAACUGUGAAAGUGACCCAAGUUGGCACAGGAAGCAGCCCAGACUCUACAACUACAGUGCCAGACAGCAGUAUAACAUACGACAGCGUCAAGGAGGUUCUGUUCCUGCAUGGCCUCUCUUUGACCCUGGGAGAGAGCUACCUGGUCGAGUGGGAAACAGAAUCCAACGAAUAUGAACGCUUCAACUGCCAUCCAGAGGACGACGCAGAUGAGUCUAAGUGCAAAGCCAGAGGCUGUGAAUGGAAGCAAAGUACCAUUGAAGGUGUACCAUGGUGCUUCUAUCCGAAAGACCACGGUUACACCAUAGGAGGAAUCAGACAAACUUCGACCGGCAUGACGGUUGAAAUCAUUCAGAACGUGAAGUACAGAAGCAGUGGUCGUCCAAAAUCACCAGACAUCAAUUUACUCCGCGCUGAAAUUGUGUAUCACAGCAGCGACAUGUUUCAGUUCAAGAUCUGGGAUCCAAGCACAGAUCGCUAUGAGGUACCUGUUCCGCUGACAGUCCCGUCUGCCCCUGAGCCUGAUGAAGACAAGAGGCUUUACAAGGUCAUCGUUACCGACAAGCCGUUUGGCAUCCAGGUCAUAAGAAAGAGCACUGGAACAAAGAUUUGGGACUCCGCCGUGCCAGGUUUUACCUUCUCAGACAUGUUCAUCCAAGUAUCAACCAGACUGUCAUCCGAGUUCGUCUACGGCUUUGGGGAGACGGAGCAUACCACGUAUAGACACGAUCUAAACUACCAUACCUGGGGGAUGUUUUCCAAGGAUCAGCCUCCUGGUUACAAGAUGAAUUGCUACGGAGUUCACCCCUUCUACAUGGGCCUUGAGAACACUGCUGACGCUCACGGUGUGCUCUUGCUAAACAGCAAUGCCAUGGAUGUGACUUUCCAGCCCACUCCUGCUUUGACUUACCGAACUCUGGGAGGCAUUCUGGAUUUCUACAUGGUUCUGGGACCUACCCCUGAGAUGGUCGUGCAAGAGUACACUGCACUCAUUGGUCGACCUGUUCUACCUGCCUAUUGGUCCCUUGGCUUCCAGCUCUGCCGCUACGGUUAUAAAGAUGACACCGAAAUUAAAAAUCUUUAUGAAGACAUGAAAGCAGCUGGCAUUCCCUAUGAUGUGCAGUAUGCAGACAUCGACUACAUGGUGCGUCAGAUGGACUUCACCCUGGACAAAGAGUUUCAAGGAUUACCUGCCUUCGUUGACAAAAUCCGAUCCGAGGGCAUGAGGUUCAUCUUUAUGCUGGAUCCAGCCAUUUCAGGAAAUGAGACCAACUACCUUACCUUUGAGAGGGGCAAAGCACAAGACGUCUUCAUUAAAUGGCCCAAAGGCCUCAGUGAUGAUAUUGUGUGGGGAAAGGUUUGGCCUGAUUACCCUAAUGUCACUGUGAAUACCUCGCUUGACUGGGAUACCGAAGUAGAGCUCUACAGGGCCUACACCGCAUUUCCAGACUUUUUCCGCCAACGUACGGCAGAUUGGUGGCAAAAUGAAAUGCGAGAAUACUAUGAAAAGACACUGAAGUUCGAUGGCAUUUGGAUUGACAUGAACGAGCCUGCCAGUUUCGUCCAUGGCACAGUUGGGGGUGCCGGUAAUUGUCUUGGAAAUAGAGACCUUGAAUUCCCUCCAUACAUGCCACCCUUGGAGUCCAAACAUAUGGGCUUAAGUCACAAGACUUUGUGCAUGAACAGUGAGCAGAUACUCAGUGAUGGAACACCGGUCAGGCACUUUGACGUCCACAGCCUCUAUGGGUGGUCCCAUUCCAAGCCCACCUAUGAUGCCGUCUUGAGCAUCACGGGUAAAAGAGGCAUCGUGGUGACCAGGUCCACUUACCCCUCCAGUGGAAAAUGGGUUGGACAUUGGCUAGGAGACAACUAUUCCGGAUGGGACCAGCUGUACAAAUCUAUUAUAGGUAUGAUGGAGUUCAGUCUGUUUGGCAUCUCUUAUACCGGGGCAGACAUAUGUGGAUUCUUUCAAGAAGCUGAGUAUGAGAUGUGUCUUCGCUGGAUGCAGCUGGGUGCCUUCUACCCAUACUCUCGCAACCACAACGGCAAAGGCACCAGGAGACAAGACCCCGUUGCUUGGGACGACAAAUUUGCAGAAGCUUCCCGCGAUGUCCUGAACAUCCGCUACACCCUGCUGCCGUACCUGUACACACUGAUGUAUGAGGCUCAUACCGAAGGAACCACAGUGGUCCGACCACUCCUGCAUGAGUUUGUGGACGACAGAGCGACAUGGGAUAUCCACAGACAGUUCCUCUGGGGACCUGCUCUCAUGAUCAGCCCUGCCUUGGAUGAGGGAGCCAGGAGUGUGGAUGCUUAUGUUCCUAAUGCGCGCUGGUACGACUACUACACGUCUGAAGACAUUGGAGUGCGAGGCAAAAUGAUCAACAUGCCAACACCUCUGGAACACAUUAACCUCCAUAUCAGAGGAGGAUACAUCCUACCCUGGCAGAAACCAGAAAACUCCACAUUUUACAGUCGGAAGAAUCCUUUCGGACUGCUCGUUGCUCUCGAUGACGAUGGAGCUGCACAAGGAUCACUAUUCUGGGAUGAUGGAGAAGGAAUAGACACCGUCGGAAAAAAGGAGUAUGUUAUGACCACCUUCAAAGUGCAACCGGGAAUCCUGAACAUACAGGUGACCCAUAACGGAUAUAAAGACCCAAACAACCUAAAGUUUGAAGACAUCACCAUCCUCGGGAUGCCUGAUUCUCCCACAACUGUGAAAGUGACCCAUCUUGGCACAGAAACCAGCCCAGGCUCUACAACGACUGUGCCAGACAGCAGCAUAACACACGACAGCGCCAAGCAGGUUCUGAUCCUGCGUGGCCUCUCUUUGACCCUGGGAGAGAGCUACCUGGUCGAGUGGGGAACAAAAUCUGAAGAAUAUGAUCGCUUCAACUGUCAUCCAGAGGACGACGCAGAUGAGGCUAAGUGCAAAGCCAGAGGCUGUGAAUGGAAGGAAAGUACCAUUGGCGGUGCACCAUGGUGCUUCUAUCCGAAAGACUAUGGUUACAACGUGGAAAGAAUCACAAAUACUUCGACCAGCAUGACGGUUGAAAUUGUUCGGAACAGGAUGUACGGAACCAGUGGUCGUCCAAAAUCACCAGACAUCGAUAAACUCCGCGUUGAAAUUGUGUAUCACAGCAGCGACAUGUUUCGGUUCAAGAUCUGGGAUCCAAGCACACCUCGCUAUGAGGUACCUGUUCCGCUGACAGUCCCGUCUGCCCCUGAGCCUGAUGAAGACAAGAGGCUUUACAAGGUCACCGUUACUGACAAGCCGUUUGGCAUCCAGGUCAUAAGAAAGAGCACAGGAACAAAGAUUUGGGACUCCGCCGUGCCAGGUUUUACCUUCUCAGACAUGUUCAUCCAAGUAUCAACCAGACUGUCAUCCGAGUUCGUCUACGGCUUUGGGGAGACGGAGCAUACCACGUAUAGACACGAUCUAAACUACCAUACCUGGGGUAUGUUUUCCAAGGAUCAGCCUCCUGGUUACAAGAUGAAUUGCUACGGAGUUCACCCCUUCUACAUGGGCCUUGAGAACACUGCUGACGCUCACGGUGUGCUCUUGCUAAACAGCAAUGCCAUGGAUGUGACUUUCCAGCCCACUCCUGCUUUGACUUACCGAACUCUGGGAGGCAUUCUGGAUUUCUACAUGAUUCUGGGACCAACCCCUGAGAUGGUCGUGCAAGAGUACACUGCACUCAUUGGUCGACCUGUUCUACCUGCCUAUUGGUCCCUUGGCUUCCAGCUCUGCCGCUACGGUUAUAAAGAUGACACCGAAAUUAAAAAUCUUUAUGAAGACAUGAAAGCAGCUGGCAUUCCCUAUGAUGUGCAGUAUGCAGACAUCGACUACAUGGUGCGUCAGAUGGACUUCACCCUUGACAAAGAGUUUCAAGGAUUACCUGCCUUCGUUGACAAAAUCCGAUCCGAGGGCAUGAGGUUCAUCUUUAUGCUGGAUCCAGCCAUUUCAGGAAAUGAGACCAACUACCUUACCUUUGAGAGGGGCAAAGCACAAGACGUCUUCAUUAAAUGGCCCACAACCCUCAGUGAUGAUAUUGUGUGGGGAAAGGUUUGGCCUGAUUACCCGAAUGUCACUGUGAAUACCUCGCUUGACUGGGAUACUGAAGUAGAGCUCUACAGGGCCUACACCGCAUUUCCAGACUUUUUCCGCCAGCGUACGGCAGAUUGGUGGCAAAAUGAAAUGCGAGAAUACUAUGAAAAGACGUUGAAGUUCGAUGGCAUUUGGAUUGACAUGAACGAGCCUGCCAGUUUCGUCCAUGGCACAGUUGGGGGUGCCGGUAAUUGUCUUGGAAAUAGAGACCUUGAAUUCCCUCCAUACAUGCCACCCUUGGAGUCCAAACAUAUGGGCUUAAGUCACAAGACUUUGUGCAUGAACAGUGAGCAGAUACUCAGUGAUGGAAAAGCGGUCCGGCACUUUGACGUCCACAGCCUCUAUGGGUGGUCCCAUUCCAAGCCCACCUAUGAUGCCGUCUUGAGCAUCACAGGUAAAAGAGGCAUCGUGGUGACCAGGUCCACUUACCCCUCCAGUGGAAAAUGGGUUGGACAUUGGCUCGGAGACAACUAUUCCGGAUGGGACCAGCUGUACAAAUCUAUUAUAGGUAUGAUGGAGUUCAGUCUGUUUGGCAUCUCUUAUACCGGGGCAGACAUAUGUGGAUUCUUUCAAGAAGCUGAGUAUGAGAUGUGUCUUCGCUGGAUGCAGCUGGGUGCCUUCUACCCAUACUCUCGCAACCACAACGGCAAAGGCACCAGGAGACAAGACCCUGUAGCUUGGGACGACAAAUUUGCAGAAGUUUCCCGCGAUGUCCUGAACAUCCGCUACACCCUGCUGCCGUACCUGUACACACUGAUGUAUGAGGCUCAUACCGAAGGAACCACAGUGGUCCGACCACUCCUGCAUGAGUUUGUGGACGACAGAGCGACAUGGGAUAUCCACAGACAGUUCCUCUGGGGACCUGCUCUCAUGAUCAGCCCUGCCUUGGAUGAGGGAGCCACGAGUGUGGAUGCUUAUGUUCCUAAUGCGCGCUGGUACGACUACUACACGGCUAAAGACAUUGGAGUGCGAGGCCAAAGGGUCAACAUGCCAACACCUCUGGAACACAUUAACCUCCAUAUCAGAGGAGGAUACAUCCUACCCUGGCAGAAACCAGAAAACUCCACAUUUUACAGUCGGAAGAAUCCUCUAGGACUGCUCGUUGCUCUCGAUGACGAUGGAGCUGCACAAGGAUCACUAUUCUGGGAUGAUGGAGAAGGAAUAGACACCGUCGGAAAAAUGGAGUAUCUUGUGACCACCUUCGAAGUACAAUCGAAUACCUUGGUGUCUACACCUACAGUUCACGGAUUGAAGGCUGAGGAUCGGCUGAUCCUGGGUGAAGUGAAGGUUUGGGGUGCGGGUACCGUUCAGAUCACCAAGGCACUUCUUGACCAAAGUGGAGCUACACAUGACCUGACUGUGAACCACAACAUCAAUACUCAGGAGCUGAUUAUGGAUGCUACAGACAAGUCUGUCCGUCUGGACUUACCUUUUACCAUCACAUGGAGGAUAUGAAUCCAAGUGCUAUGACUGCAUUUUUCUUGUGAAUAGUUGAAGUAUUUAAACAUAAUUGUGCAUGUAUGUAAAUUAAAUUGUGGGGAAGAAAAAAUGUCCUGGAACAAAGAGAUGUUAAAGUCAAAAAUACUGAAGUGAGUCAUGAACUCACAAGUCUAAUUUGACUGCUUUUUACAACUGUCUUUAUUUUUUUUAAACUGAGAUUUGCAUAUUUAAAAACAGUACCGACAUAUUCUGUUUG